GAUUGAUAGUUCCACUCGUGAUCGCUACCACCGAGAACAAUUUUGUAAAAUGUUGUCGUCGGUUUUCGUGUUCGCCAUUAUUACGGUGCUGCAAGCAUUCGCCGCAAGCAUCAACGAAAUCCCAAAAAUCGUCGGCGGCACAACAGCCAAAGAAGGAGAACAUCCGUACCAAGCUUCUCUGCGCUACAGGAGCCGCCAUUUUUGUGGCGGGUCAGUGCUGAACAAAAGAUGGAUAUUAACCGCGGCUCACUGCUUAUCGAGCUUCAACGAUAGCGGAAUAACCGUCGUGCUGGGUACCAACAAGCUGGACGACGGAGGCGACAUGUAUCAGUCCGAAAAGGUAAUUAGCCACCCGUGGUACAGUUCUACGUUCAUCAGGAACGACAUCGGAUUGAUUAAAGUGUCCGAGGACAUCAUGUUCGGGGACAAAGUGAAGCCUAUCGCUCUGCCGAACGAGAACUUCAGCAAAAUUGAUUACCCGGCUGUGCUGUCUGGCUGGGGGACCACCAGCUACCCGGGAGAGGCCCCGAACGAGCUGCAGCACAUCGAGCUGAGCGUGAUCGAUCAAAAACAAUGUUUAAAUGCCAGCUUUCGUAUCACCAACGACAAUAUCUGCACACUUAACAAGAGGGGUGAAGGCGCUUGUCACGGGGAUUCCGGCGGUCCUUUGGUCGCAGACAAGGAGCAAAUCGGCGUCGUGUCCUGGGGAAUACCGUGUGCCAAAGGACACCCGGACGUCUUCACUCGCGUCUACAGCUACAAGCAGUGGAUAAAUGAUCACUUGAAGACACGGCUAGGGGAGAGGAUGGUCAGCAUGAGCUCAAGGCUCGUGGAGACAGUUAGUAUAAACUAUGAAGAUUUUAAUGAAAGCUUUUUAACGUGUGGCACUUGUCUUUUUGUUUAUGAUGGUGGAGAACACACUCCUAAGUUACUACCAUGUUCACACACAGUAUGUUUGCAUUGCUUAACAAGAAUUGCUGCAUCUGAAACUCGUGAACCUGGUGCCUUUCGAUGUCCUAUUUGUAGAGAAUUAAUAACAAUUCCUAGAGGUGGAGUUCCUGCAUUACCACCUAGUUUUCUUGUGAAUCAACUUCUUGAUCUUAUGUCCAGACAGAGAAGAGAGGUGAUCCCAAAAUGUUCAGUUCACAUAAACCAAGAGCUAUUAUUCUGUGAAACAUGUGACACAGUCUUUUGUACAGUAUGUACAGGUGGUAAUCACGCAGGAACAUCACCAGGUUGUACAGAACAUACUAUUAUACCAUUCAGCAUUGCAAUUAAGAGAAUGUCUGAAAUUUUGCUGUACAAAGCCAAUGAAUGUAUAUCAAAGUUAACACAAGCUCAGGAUUCUGUGACCACAGAGUUACAACGUUUGGAAACUUCUAAAGACAGAUGUUUGAACGCUGUGGACAAUGAAUUUGCAGAAAUUAUUGCGAAGUUUGAAAGGAGACGUUCGGAAUUGCAAGCAGCGGUGACUGCGGCUGCAAGAGAUAAGAAACAUGUGUUAGAAGAACAACAUGCACUCAUAGAAGCAGAGAAGAACAAAGUGCAACAAGAAUGUGAAGGCUUACAAUAUCAAGUCGAAGUACGGAACAUCACACAAAGGAUUGGAAGUUUAUCUGACCAACUAGACGCGGCAUCAGCACUUAGCGAACCUAAAGAAAAUGCCUUCAUAACAUUCGAAUUUAACCACAAUAAUGCUCUUUCUCAAUUAGAGGAAGCUAUUAAUAACUUGGGACGAGUACGUUCUAGUACAACAUUGCCAGGUCUGUGCAGAGCCAGGUUAAAAGAUCCUGCAAUAGUUAAGUUACAAGCGAUCGUUAUAUUAGAGACUGUCGACUACCAUGGGCAUCCUAGAAACGUUGGAGGAGAUCUUAUCACUGCCGAAUUAACAUUAGCGGAUAGUAUGCACUCAGACAACCAAAGUUCCAGAAUCGAAACUGAAAUAGUAGAUUUAGAGAACGGUACAUACGAGAUACUGUUCAGACCUCCAGUUGCGAGACGCUUCGUCCUGAAAUUAUCAGUUUUCGAGCGGCCUAUUAAAGAUUAUCCUUUAUUUUUUGAUGCGACUGUACAUAACGAACCCAUUAAAGUAUAUGGAAGACGAGGAAGCGGAAAGGAUGAGUUUCAUCAACCAGUUGCAGUUGCCGUUGAUGAUGAUGGCAUGAUAUAUGUUCUAGAUACCGGGAACUCCCGGGUAAAGGUACUCAAUUGUGAUUUAGAAUUUCAAAGGCAUUUAACUAAUGAAGGUCUAGAAGGCCGUAGUUGUACAGGAAUAAGUAUAUCUCAGCAAGGUAUCGUUGUUGUUAACUGGAGAACACGAAAAAUAACAGAAAUGAGCUCUUUAGGCGACACAAUUAAGUCCUUCACUCAUUGCGCAUUUCGAGAACCAGUCGAUGUCGCGGUAGAUAGAAAUUACGGACAUAUACUUGUGGCCGACAACGGUGAAAAUUGUGUUUUUGUAUUCGAUUCUGACGGCAAAUUCCUCUUCCAGGUUGGAAAGAUGGUAACGUUAAAACUAAUUAGAGCCGUUACCGUUGGACGUAACGGUGAAAUUGUAGUUGCCGAUGAUCAUAUUCUAGUGUUCACUGCUAAAGGAGACUUCUCUGAGGAAAUAUAUUCAGAAGGCAAAGGGAAAGGCGCUUACGGAGGUUUAGCUGUCGACGGAGAAGGUAGAAUACUCGGUACACGCACUGACAAAGGUCGCAGUACCAUCCAAGUGUUAAAAUUAGGUGGAGGUAAUAUUUUGACUGAAAUCGACUCGCAUAGUUCAAAAUUACGACGUCCUUCAGGUAUUGCAGUACUACCCGACAAUCACUUAGUAGUUGUAGACCUGGGAAACGACUGUACAAAAAAAUAUAGAUAUUGGUAAAAGCAGAGUUGGAUGUAGCUUGAAUUACUUGCUUUCAUGAAACUUUUGUUAUAAUCCUACGCAUAAUUUUAACUGUGUCUAUGUUUAUAUAAAUUUUUUAUAUGCAAUUUUUACGACUUACAAGCUUUGAAUCAAUCAAAAUAAUUUUAUCGGUGUAGAGACGUGUUGAUCGUGUUUUGAUAUUAUAAGUACAACACAUGCAUAUAUUACGUAUACGUAUGUGUACUACUUAUAAAAAAAGCGGUGUGAGUACGUUUAUUUAUGUGCUAGACUUAGCGACGUGCACGUCGCGCUCCUAAAGAUGGAAGAGACUUGAUUAGUAUAAUGUAAUUUAUAUAUAGUAUUUUGUGUCAUCGUUCGUUAAUUUAAUUUAUUUACUUAAAACCAGUAAAAGUGAUUUCGUUAACUUCUUACUACUUAUCUUAGUCGUUAUCUGAAUGUACUAUAAUACACAUUUCGAAUUGCCAUAGUCCGACAUGUGAAGAUCACAGCAGUUAAUUCUGAGAUCCUACAUACAUAUCUCGUAGUUAAAAGAUGAAGAUUCAUAAGAGAAAUUUAUUUUUCAGUCAGAAUUUAAUUGAAACGUUGAGUCACGAAAUUUUAGCUUGACAAGACCCGAAUAAGAUGUCGUAAAUGUUAUAGUCAAUAAAUUUCUGGUAUCUUUAUACUCAAUUGCUAUUGAUGUAAUGGACUAUUUUAUGCUUAUUAGUGUCAUUAUUUCGUAGUAAAAAUUAUAAAGGACUAGUUUCAUAAUUACAAUGACUUAAUAAAAUUUUGUAAUUGUUUUUGUCCUAUAAACAAAUGUUGUGUGUAAAACAAAUAUUUUAAAUACUAAGUAUAAUAUCAAGUUAUGUUGUAAACGUGAUACUUAAUAUUUUCUUUCCACAAAAGAAGGCUUGUAGAAAUGUAUGUUGCAAGAAAAGAAUUUUAUUACAAUCACCAAAAGAAUUUUAUCGAAAACGUUCUGUGUUCUUAUGUGCAAUCUUUUGUUUUUUUUUCUAUCGACAAAUGUGCUUAGGUAACAUAUCAUCGUAUUUUUGUAUUUUAUAUUUCUUUUUGUGGUAAUCAAAUACGUUUCCACAACAAAACGCAGAAAUUUUCAUUUGUGGACAUUAAAAUGUUAAAAAUAA